AUGAUACACAUGUCAAGUGAUGCCAACCGUUUGCUGGAAGAAGUUGGAGGAUAUCGCACCGAAAAAAGAGGAGAAGUUAUAAUAAAGGGAAAGGGAGUUAUGGAGACGUACUGGUUGCUCGGAGUCGCUGAAAGAUCCAUAUCUCCAGCGAGACCAGAAACUGGAUCUGCUGGAGAAGAUUCAGGGACUGCUUCAGUUCAUGAGGAGUAG